AGUCAUGUCGGCGCUGAAGUCGAGUCGCUCGUUGCCAGAGUCGUGAAAAAAAAUCGCCAGUGUAACUCAUUCUGCAGUUUUUAUACUGAAGAAUAAAUUGUGUCGAGAUUAUGUGUUGAGGGGAAUCAAGGCGUUCGUUGCAGUAUUGAUUUAUUUUGAGUUAGUUGCUUGAGCCAUGACAUCGCUAUCAGAGGAGGUGCUGCUGGUGGUGAAAAAGGUCCGCCAGAAGAAGCAGGAUGGUACACUCUAUCUAAUGGCUGAACGUAUAGCCUGGGGUCCAGAAGGCAAAGACCGCUUCACAGUCAGCCACUUGUAUGCAGAUAUCCGCUGUCAGAAGAUCAGCCCUGAUGGGAAAGCCAAAGUCCAGCUCCAGCUCGUCCUUCACACUGGCGAGAGCACCACAUUCCACUUUGCCAACGAGAGCACUGCACUCAAAGACCGAGAGGCUGCCAAGGAACUGCUGCAGCAGCUGCUGCCUAAGUUCAAGAAGAAAGCCAACAAGGAGCUGGAGGAGAAAAACAGGAUGCUUCAAGAAGAUCCGGUGCUUUUCCAGCUAUAUAAAGAUCUCGUGGUGAGCCAAGUGAUCAGUGCUGAGGAAUUCUGGGCCAACCGGUUAGGAGGCAUUAACAACACAGACCCCUCACCGUAUAACAACAAACAGGAAGUCGGUAUAUCUGGAGCAUUUUUGGCAGACAUUAGACCUCAAACAGAUGGUUGCAAUGGCUUGAGAUAUAACCUGACAGCUGACAUUAUUGAAUCCAUCUUCAGAACAUAUCCUGCAGUGAAGCAGAAGUAUAGCGAAAAUGUGCCUCAUAACCUGACAGAAAAGGAGUUCUGGACCCGCUUUUUCCAGUCCCAUUAUUUUCACAGAGACCGCAUCAACACAGGGACACAGGAUAUCUUCUCAGAGUGUGCAAAGCAGGAUGAGAAGGGGUUAAAGUCUCUCGUGACUCAAGGAGUAAAGAAUCCUUUGGUUGACCUCCAGUCAUUGGAGGAUAAAACAUUAGAUGAGGGUUAUGGAAUUUGCACAACACAGCCCUCAACUUCCAAUGCAAACAAGUCGGUGAAGGACAGCAGCAACUCUGCCAUUAUAAAGCGGUUCAACCAUCACAGUGCCAUGGUCCUGGCAGCAGGCUCAAGGAGAGGGGAGUUAGCAUCUGACCAAGCCAGUGAGACAAGCAGUACAGAUGGAAACUCGAGGGAUUCUGACUUCUUUCAACCUCCUGUUAAGAAGGUUAAACUACAGGAAGCCAUAGAAUUUGAGGAUCUGCAAAGGGAAAACAGACCAAAAACAGUCCCAUUAAACCUGAAGAAGUCUGACAGGUAUGCUCAUGGACCUGUGCCACUUCAAUCCCAGCAGUAUACAACUAGCCAAGAUAUCAUCAACUCUGUCAACUACAUCCGUCAUGAGAUGGCCAAUUACAAACCCAGCCUCACUCAGGUGUUGUCCAGCACAGCAGCUACUUCUGCCAUUGCAGCACUUUCUCCAGGUGGCGUCCUCAUGCAGGGAGGUGCACAGCAAGCCAUAAAUCAAAUGGUACCGACAGAGGUUCAGGGAGAGUUGAAGCAUCUUUAUGUAGCUGCUGGAGAGCUAUUGAGACACUUCUGGUCCUGUUUUCCUGUAAAUACACCGUUUUUGGAGGAGAAGGUGAUUAAAAUGAAGUCGAACCUCGAGAGAUUUCAAAUGACUAAGCUUCAUCCUUUCAAGGAGAAAAUUCAGCGUCAGUAUUUGAGUACAAAUCUCACAGGGCACUUGGAGGAAAUGCUGCAGACCGCCUAUAGCAAGUUCCAGAUCUGGCAAACCCGUCGGAUGAUGAGGAAAACCUGAGCUCUGACAGUUUUUCAAAGAGAAGCCAAGAAAGACAGUAAAGUGCUCGGACAAAUGACUUGUGAAGGUCCUCUGAACUGCUGUAAGCAGACCACAGACUAAACCCUAAUGGAACUUAGUUCACAAGGGCUUAAUGAGGAGGAUAUAGAUGGAUGCUGCUACAACCCCAAAUUUUCAACAAAGACUAACUGCAUUUCAGUCACAGAAAACUGUAAUUAGUUUCUUUCUCUUUUCUUUGUCUUUUCCUGGUGUUUAAGAGAUUGGUGCCUGUAAUGGUUAAAACAGGACUUUUAAUAAGGUUUAACAUGACCAAAAUGCAGAUGGAAAUGAAUAAGACUACAAAAACGGCUCUCAGGACAACAGUGUGAGAUGCAAGUGGAGGACUGCCAAUGUGUUUCAUCAGUGCACAGGACAGAAAAAAAAAUGUGCAUUGAUGUGCAAGACGCCCCUCUGAACUCUGGAUAGAUUUGUUGGAACAGUUGUCCGGAAAAUCUUAAUCAAGAGGGGACGUGAAUAUAGCAAUACUGUAAAGACAUUUCACACACGAGUGCAUUAGUACGUGUGGCUCAAAUCACACUGUCACUGAUUUGUAACCUCUGCACUGAAGACAGAAAUGUAACUGAAAUAAAGUGAGGCAUAAAGCUUUUGUUCAUCAUAC